AUGUCACAACAGCAACAACGUGACCCAAUCACUUGUCAUAUCCUCGAUACUACCGUUGGACUUCCCGCCCGCAACGUAAUUGUACAAAUCCUGCGAGUUUAUGAAGUCACCACUACUACUGAUUUUAAAGUCGAUGCACCAUUUGCUCAAGCAAAAACGAACAAGGACGGCAGAGUGCUCAAUUGGGUAUUUGACCCACAAGUUCAGCAAUCAGAAGAAAAUUUCAGCAAGACGGGGGUACGUGGUGGCAAAUGGGUCAAAUUGGUUCCUGGAUUAUACAAGGUCAAGUUCUUGACUGGUAAAUAUUUCAAAGAUCUCGCUGCAAGCGGUUCCGGGUCAAGAAGUUUCUUCCCUGUUGUUGAAAUCGUUUUCGAAGUUGAUGAUUUACUGCAUUAUCAUAUUCCAUUAUUGUUGAGUAAUUACUCAUAUACUACGUAUAGAGGAAGCUGA